UCAAUCAGUUUGCAGAGUUUAUGUUAUCUCUCUCCUUCUUUCCCUCGCCCCUUUCUAUAUCUUUGAUGGCUGAAAUUUUCGUUGAUAGGCUCGAAGAGCUUAGGAGAAGAAAUAAGGAAAUAGAAGAGGAUGAGAAUGAGUAUGAGGAAGAUAUUGUCCUCUUAGAGGCUUCUGAAUUGAAACAGAAAGUGGAUGAGAUUGAGCUGAAGUUGAAUGAAAUUCGUCAUCUUCAAAAUGAAAUUAUCAGUAGACCACCAAUUCAAAAUGGAGCUUUGAAAGAGAGUCAUACAAAAAUUCUAGCAGAGAUUAAGCAGCUGUCACUGAGUGUUCAGAAAGGAUUAAAGCGCUUUCAGGAUGACAUUAAACGUGAUGAACUGGGCCCUGAAAGAAAUUCAGCUGAACUAAGAAUAAAGAAAAGUCAUUGUUCUGCAUUGAGCCGUAAACUAAAUAAUAUCAUGUCAGUCUAUAGUCAGCAGGAGGAACAGUACAAAGAAACGUGCAAGAUUCUGAUAAAAAGACAAAUGCGAAUAGUUGAUUCUAAAGCUCAUUUAUCUGAUGAAAAAAUUGAAGAAAUGUUGGAGUUAAACGAAGUGUCUGUAUUUACUCAAGAUGUAUUGAUUCAAACAUCUCAAAAGAAACAAGUUCUUGAUGAAGUAGAGGCUCGAAGAACAGAAAUACGUGAACUGGAGCAAAAUUUAAAAGAACUUCAUGACAUGUUCCAUGACUUUAUGCUUCUCAUUCUCAAUGAGCCUCAAGGAGAUCUUGCUGAUAAUAUUGAAUAUAAUGUUGAUAAAGCAGCAGCCUAUGUUGAACCUGGUACACAAGCAAUCGUUGCUACAGCUAGAAUGACGCGAAAGGAGAACACAAGGCUGCGCUGGGUUAUCUGCUAUGUAGUGCUGUAGCCAUCAUAGCAGUUGUAGCUGUUUAUCUUCUGAGGGGUAAUAAUACUGACAUUACUGUACAGAAUCCGGUUAACAGAGAACUCUCAGAACUAUCACAAAGCUUCAUAUAAUUUUGCUGCAACAUACAAUAAUGUACAAUAUAUUGCAUCACUUCCAUUGCUUUUAACAAAGUUUUUUUCAACAAUGCAA